GGAAAAUUGGUCAGGACGGCUAUUACGAAUUAUUUUACAAACACCGAUCUCGCCUCGUGCACCUCUAAAGUCAUGUGCAUGCACUCGGCAUAUGCGAACAUGCGCUCAGGGAGUCGCGUCCCAGAGCUACUACUCGUUUUUCUCCCGUCAUCAUUCCUCCUUACCCGUUCUCACAUUGACUCUCAUCGUUUUGGAGGAAAUGUCGGAAAAUACCCCUACCACAGCCGCUUCCUCUGUUCCUCUCCAGAGAUCCACCACAGUUCGGAACAAGACAAACACCUCAGCGCAGCCCAAAUUGAGUGUCAUUUGAGAGACAUAUGUGUGUUCGUUGGCGGAGUGGAUGAUACACGACGGCAUAAAAGCAAUCCCGUAUGGUGACGCAAAUGAUGCGCGCUAGGUUGUCCCACGGCCGUCAAAGGCGCUGCACCUAGAACCUAAACGGCUAAAAAAAAGGUUGUGUAUGUACUAUGGAUGCGACUUGCUCGUGGAGGAUAUUGGCAAAGCACCGCCGAACCAACUCACUUAGCGUACAACCUGGUAUGGUAGUUAGUCAGUCUAGUAGAACAAUGCGCUGCAUGUGAUCACAUUUAGAAUCUCAA